GCUUGCUAAAAUUGUACUGUCAUCAUGAAAAAAUGCAAUGGCCACUUGCUUGAGGCCGUGGUUGUUGGCUUUGCCAUUUGCCUCCGGUGUGCUUAGAUACCCUGAUGGAGCUUUUGAGUCGCGGUAUCCUCUGCACAUAGAAGAGUGUGCAUUGCCUGGAAGAAACUUGGGCAUCGAAAGUCAAGGUUGCUUGGGCCGCUUACGCAAGCAUCUACUCGAGGAUGCUGACUGCAAUCGUGUGAUUUGCGACAAUAUUGCUACGUCAACUCCAGUGGAGGUCUAUGCCAACGAAAGCGACUGGGCCCCAUUCAAAAAUCUGUGUGGCCACUUGCAGGAGCUCUUUCUGGGUUUGUUUGACCUUGGAGUGAAGCUUCUGGACUCCGAUUUCUUGGAGCAUCAUGUUCUGGAGCUGCAGCAGCUGUGGCAGGUGUUUACCAAUUCCUUCGGGAUCUCACCGCCUGACUUGCAAGACUUGCCAGUCUAUGCCAACAGCACGCGAGCAGUGUUGCGACGGCACGCUGCAGUGGUAUUGGAGAGCCUACAUCAGGUUCUGGACAGAGGCAUAGUAAGAGAACCGCUGAAUGCAGAACAGGUGCUUGAAAUGGCAGCCACCCUGGCACGCCGGCUGCAUUUGUUGAUUGAGAAUGUCUCAGUCACUUUGCUACUGAACUUCUACAUUGCGCAGCUAGAGCACAAUGGACGUUUGGUUGGCCGCGACCUGGUCCAUGAGCUUUAUGGAGAUCCCAGUAGCUUGCGUGUUGUCUUCCAUGAAAUUCCUGGGAAGAGGUGGGACGCCUUGACGCAUCUGUUAGAUUCACUGGGUGUUUCUGAUCAUGCCGUUCGAAUGGCUGAAGUGGGUGUGGAGGCAGCGAAUACGAGCCAGAGGCUCUUGGAGCGAAAUCCGUUCCUCUCAUACAUAGGCGUCGACCCGUAUUUCAAGAACGACCCGCUAUAUUCGGAUGUUCUUCAGCGCCUGUCUUUCUUCAUUGAUUCAGGUCGCUUUACUCUGUACCGAAACACAUCUUUGAAUGCAUCGCUCUUCGUGGCAGAUGAGUCCUUGGACAUUGUGUUCCUUGAUGCUCGUCACGACUAUGAGGCGGUGCUGGAUGAUGUGAUGGCCUGGAAGCCAAAGGUGCGAAGAGGUGGGAUCUUGUCAGGCCACGACUUCAGCUGGAUGUUCCCAACUGUGGCUAUGGCUGUUUUCAAAGAGACCUUCAACGCACCAGAUCGGACCAUGAACCUUGCAUCGGAUGGUGUUUGGUGGUUGCAGCUUUGAGUCUGGUGAAGUCUGGUUGAGACUUGACCGUUGUACAUACAUCGCAUCCAGUCCUGAAUCUGGGAAGAUUUCUUUUAGCUAAAAAAAACUGGGUUCGGCGAAAUGCCCUGCGAUCCGCCAAUGCAAAAGAGGGCAAAGA